UUUGUUUAUAACUUCACUAAGUUUCAUUGUAUUUUUUUUAUAUUUUUCAACGGACUUCAAAAAGAUUACUAUGAAGAUUUUUCUCGUGCCUCUUACAUUUGUAUAUUUAACAAAUGGAUAUUUCUGUGAAGACUUAAAAUAUACUAAUAAGUACGACGGUGUAAAUUUGGAUGAAAUUCUAUCAAACGAACGUCUCCUGAACGGUUACGUUAAAUGUUUACUGGAACAAGGACCUUGCACUCCCGAUGCAAAGGAAUUGAAAAAUAAUCUUCCAGACGCCAUAAAAAAUGAUUGUAAAAAGUGCACAAACAGACAGCGAGAAGGAGCAGAUCAAGUAAUGGGAUACCUUAUAGACCACCGACCUAAUGAUUGGAUUAAAUUAGAGAAGCAAUAUAACUCAGAUGGCAGUUACAAAAGAAAGUACUUGGAGAAAAAACAGUCAGUUAAAGAUGUAAAUAACAACGAUGAUAAUGGUACAGAAAUUAAAAAUGCUAUUUCAGAUGAUAAUUAACAAUAAGAAGAUAUCUCAUCAGAACAUGAAACUAAAACUGCGGCAACAUUGACUGUUGAAUGUGACCGAUUUUUAUAAAAUACUUA